AUGGGCUUCACAACAGGCCUCCUCGGAGGCUUCACCCUAACAACAACCCUACUAUACCUGUCGCUCGACCUACACACGCGAAACCGAGUCUACCAAUCCGCGCUCCUGCACCAACAAAGCCUCAUCCUAACGAACGUCGUCGAGCCGUUGCCGCCUUCACCACCACCCACAAAUCGCGAGAUACAAGCGGGCGUGCUAGAGCGGGCGAAGGACAGAUGGAACGCAGAGUUGGAAAGCAACGUACGGAAGCUACAGCACGUCGACUGGAGUGACGUGCGAACGCGGAUGGAGGAAGGCGUGAGUUCGGUGUACCGAAGAGCGUUCGAGAAGGGAAGGGAGGUUGCGCCUGAUCCGCCUAAGUGA